UCAGCUAGCUAGCUAGCAUCAUCUUACUUGUAUCCUGUUGGUAACAGCCCUACUGAACUCCUGUCUCACAAAGAGCUCUACAAAUAGCCUAUAUUAAAAGGGUGGAGACUCUUAAAGUUGUGGCAAGGACUUUAGAAUCCUCAAUUUGAACCUAGAGUUCUUCAUUUUGGGAAUCAAGGUAUCUCUGUGCUUGGGUGGGCUUUGUAGUUCUGAGGUUAGUUGCUGUAUGGCAAACUACUGAUCCUUCACAGAUGUGUGCAUGUGUUUUGUUUUGUGUGUUUUUUUUAAACUGGUCCUUUGUAUUGGUCCUAUUCUCUUUUUCUAUGCGAAAAGACUUGUUUCCUGAUAUUUGUCAGUCACCUGAUUGCUCAAGAGGCUUAAUCAUGUUUGUUUAGUCUCAGCUGUGACCUAGUGUUAUACCACAUGCUGACACUGUUCUGGUUAUGUUGCUGAGCUGGCCAAAACACUGCAGACUCUCUCAGGGGCUCUGAUCAGACAUGAUUAUAUUCAUUUCUCUUGUUUCAGUUAGUAUUGUUGCAGAUCAGUGCGCUGUUGUAAUCCUUGUUGCAAACUCUUAGAACUGUGCUUUCUGCCCAGCAGUUCCUUCCUGGUAGGAAAAGCAUUGGUGAUGGCUCCUGAAGAGACUUAGCACCCUGCUGAAGAGGAGUUGAAUAGUGUGAAGUCAUGGCUAUCCUGUUUGCUGUUGUUGCAAGGGGCACAACCAUCCUUGCCAAACAUGCCUGGUGUGGAGGAAACUUUCUGGAGGUGACGGAGCAGAUUCUGGCUAAGAUACCGUCCGAAAACAACAAACUGACCUAUUCUCAUGGGAAUUACCUGUUUCAUUACAUUUGCCAAGACAGGAUUAUAUACCUCUGCAUCACAGAUGAUGACUUUGAACGAUCUAGAGCCUUCAACUUCCUGAAUGAAAUAAAGAAGAGAUUUCAGACCACAUAUGGCUCAAGAGCACAGACAGCCCUUCCAUAUGCUAUGAACAGCGAAUUCUCGAGUGUCUUAGCUGCACAGCUGAAAUACCAUUCGGAGAGCAAGGGUACUGACCAGGUGGCAGAGACGCAAGCCCAAGUUGAUGAACUUAAAGGAAUCAUGGUUCGAAACAUAGACCUAGUGGCACAAAGAGGAGAGAAGCUGGAGUUGCUGAUUGAUAAAACAGAGAAUCUUGUGGAUUCGUCAGUCACCUUCAAAACUACCAGCAGGAACCUUGCUAGAGCCAUGUGUAUGAAGAACCUCAAGCUCACCAUCAUCAUCAUCAUUGUAUCGAUUGUAAUCAUCUAUAUUAUUGUAUCAGCUGGCUGUGGUGGGCUUGCGUGGCCAAGCUGUGUACAGAAGUAAUUGGAGACAACUGGUGCUGGUCAGCUGAAGAUGAGAAUCACAGGAGUGUGAAGAAUCAACCUACAGAAUAACUCUUAAUCUUUCACUACUGACACCUUCUCAUUCUUCCAUCCCUCCUGGACUUCAGACUUUUUUGCCUUACCAACCCAAACAGGCCCAACUGGUCCCUGCUUCUGUGCAGCUGUAACCUCAAGAAUGGGCUGUUUUAAAUUACUUGAAGGAAUUGUUUGUUCUUCUGUCCCAACUAUAACCUUCUCAGCUGGGUGGGCAGUACAGCCAGCUCUGAAGUGCGUGUGCAUGCUUGCCCAUAUGUACAUGCAGCUCUGCACUUCCAUGUGAGUGUGUUAAGUGGACAACAGUGUUGCUAGCAGUUGUCCUACUCAUGAGGGGUGUGUUGGAGAGUAGUUCAAGGUGGGCUGAGCCAAACUAAUGAGGGAGGGAAGAGAUGAGAUGUGAGUGGAUUUCUGUUUCUUACAAAUAAGAGAUCCAAGUGUCUCUCCCUGCAUACCUGGCUGUAUAUGGAAGCAUGUAGCCCUUCUGUAAUGUUCAACAGCAAGAAGUUGCCAGAGUGGUAUUGGUGGUAACAAAAACCCUUGGGGUAGGGGUUUAUGUACUGUAAGAUGCAAGUGCUGUUGCUGUAUGAAAUCUCCCUUUUCCUGGAGGUCAGCCUUCAGUUGGUAGGAGAGAGUGUUAGGUCACCUCAGCACUUUGAAAUGGCCUCCUUCAUCCUUUCUACCUACCCCUCCCACCUUAAUUUGUAGCUAAAUAAUUACAGUAAAGGAGAUGGUUGCAUAUGGUUAAGGCUGCAAUAAUAUAUCUGCUUUGUCACAUGUCAUUUCUCUUUAUUUUCAGGGUGGACUAAAAUUAAUACUAAUGUCAUCACUUGUUGGGGUGAAACUGGGAGCCAGUCUAUUGAUCUGGCUUGAUAAGGUGUUGGGUAUCACCUGCAUGUGCUUCUGUGCUGAAGGUUUGUGCUAAAAACUGAGUACAGAGAACAGCGCACACGAGUUGAUGGUUACUUUCUCUGUUAGUCUGGAGAGGAAAGGCUUCUUCUGAGGACCUAGUAAUGGAUACUUUUAUGAAAAAAUUAAAAAAAAAAAAA